GAUUCGUCGUCUCAUACGGGUAGAAUCCCAACAAAAGAACUUUUUGAUUCGAUUCUUUUUUUCUUUUUUAAGCGUUAUUAUUAUUAUUGUUAUUUUUUUUUGUUUUUCCAAAAUUCCUCUACCAAUUUUGGACUUUCUGCAGAUUUUUUUUUUCCUUUUCCCAGAGAGAAAAAAAUAUUGAAAAAGAAUUCCGAUUCUCCUCUUUUAUUUUGACAUUUUUUAGGCCUAUUUGUUUAUAUAUUCAAUGGGUUCAGUAUAAAUAAUUGGCUCAAUUCAGAGCUUCUCUUGUUGAUAAGUGAAGGUACGGCGCACGUACUUCGCUUUUGCUUCGGCAAGCUUUUUCAGUGUUCUUCCUCAUUCAGAAUCACAGUUCACCGGCAUAAACGCUGUCACCGACCGCCGCCGCCGCCGGCUAGAGUUAGUUGUGGGAAUUGAUUUUUGGUUAACGUAGGUGGACGCUUUUCUGGAUUUGUACAGAAUCAGCGGAGCCCUUUUGCCGUUGCCUUUUUUUCUCUCUUCACUUUUGGGAUUCUGAAUAAUUCGGUGAAGAGAUGGGCGGAGUUAAAGUGGCGGCGACUUGUUUACAUUGGUCACAACCUUCUGUUCCUCAUUCGCCAUCUUCUUCUCAGACUUUGGCUUCCGCAAUCUCAUCCCCUUCUUUGAAACGGCGUAGUUUGAGCACCGGCGACGGAAUUCUUGUCUGCCGAUCAGGUUUUCUCGGGAACUCAUACUCUAAGCUUUACAGGACGGGAUCUUGGGAACAACCGAAGCCUAAAACAUUUCUAACCAGAAGGAAAUGCAGUGCCAGUUUUGAUUCUUUCUCCGAUGAAGAGUUCUCAAAGAGGAUUCAGGAAUUGGCCUUAAAAUUUCAAAUAUCGGCGGACGAUGAUGAAAUUUUGAGUGAUAAUGGUACCGCUGAGGCAGAGGACGCAGAAAUUGGCUCGGAAAGCAUUAGCGGAGAUAAUACCGAAGCCAUUAUUUUAGAAAAUCAUUUGUCUUUUGAUCCAUUAAAGCCACCGGAUUGGCCGGAGAGAGAUGAGAUAAUUCCGGCAAGCAUAGAGAGGAAAGCCAACAGCGUAGACCUUCCAUUGUCUCUUAGAAUCAUAAAGAGGAAAAAGCAGUGGGAAGAGGGAUUUAGAGAAGCUGGGGAAUCAGCUUAUUGUUCUGUUAAGAAGGCUUUUUCCUCCAUGGUGUUUAUCAUUCGAGAAUUGCAGAGUUAUACUUUACAGAUGAGGGAAAUGUUGUUUUAUGAGGAUUUGCAAGGAAUUCUGGUUAGAGUCCAGAAGGAGAUGCACGCUUCUUUCGUUUGGUUAUUCCAGCAAGUGUUUUCACAUACGCCAACUUUUAUGGUUUAUGUGAUGAUAUUGCUUGCUAAUUAUAGUGUUUAUUCAAUGGCUAGUAAUCCUGCCUUAGCUGCUACACAGCACGAUCAAGUUUAUGCUGCCAGUAUAGAAUCUGUUUCUGAAGUUGGAGAUCACACUCAUGGGAAUCCCAAGUUUGAUUCUUCAUCAAUUAAGUCAUUUUCGGUUUCUUCUUCCAGUGGGCGGACGGCUUCAAUUGGUGGAAGCAAUGGUGGUGGGGGUAAAUACAGGCCAAUUGCUAAUGGUACAGAUGGGGAUGGAAUGUUUGAUCGGAUUACAUUUGAUCAUCAUAGAUCAAUUAUUCCUGAUGGUCCUUCCAGAACUAGCGAAGAGGAAUCGGUUUCAGGACAGGUGACCAGAGAAGAGGAGAUGAGGUUAUGGAAUUCAAUGGUGGAUGAAGCUUCAAAAAUGCAGUCUGAAUUCAGGGAUGAAGCUUUGGAUCAUGACACGAUGCAGAGCUUCGUUUCGCCGAUCCAUGCGAAGAUUGAUGAAGAUGAUUAUGUAGAUUACUUCCACACCCAGAUGAUGUAUCAAACAGUUCUAGACCGAGAGCCCACAAACACACUUCUGCUAGCCAAUUAUGCUCAAUUUUUGUACUUGGUCAUCCAAGAUUACGACAGGUACAGAGAUUCUUCAUCCAUAAGUCGUUUUUCAAUGCCAGUUUUCUUUGCUUUAGAUUUCGUUUUCUUAUGUUCAAUCUGCUUGAGAGAGUCUUUUAGAAUCUGCAACUGAUUUCCAUCACAUAAAUUGUCAAAAGAAUUGCUAGAGUUAGAUAUCUAACAGAUAUUUUCAAGUCUGCGACUUUGUUGAUGCUAAUGUCACACUCGUGUAGAGAAUAGCUUUUCCUGGAAGACAAAAUGUCGUUUUGCCUAAAUUUUGAUUAGUAUUUGUUUCUAGAUAGGGAAAUGUGUGGUAAUACUGGUUUCCAUUAUUUUCUAAGCAAUUGCAUAUCUUGGAAUAGGGUCAUUUCAGGCUUGCCUUUUAAAGUACUGCCCAGGAAAAUAUAAUUUGGAAACAAAACUAUUGAAUUAUAUAGCUGAGGUGGACUGUUCUUUUUUUCUUUUUUUCCUCCCCCCUAAAUGUAGGCCCUGAAUCAAUUUAGACUACAGACUUUACAUCAAUUGUGGGAUUCGCCUAUCUCUUAAGCACAGCACUGCAUAUUUUUAGAAAUAAUUGAUUCUUUUUAUUAAAAGCUGCAUCUUUGGUUUUCGGGAAAAGUUGAUUUUAACUCUUGUUUUUUUUUUGUGUAAUAACAGAGCAGAGGACUAUUUCAAGAGGGCUGUAAAAGUAGAGCCCAAGGAUGCGGAAGCAUUGAACAAAUAUGCAAACUUCCUCUGGCAAGUUAGAAAGGAUCUCUGGGCUGCAGAGGAGACAUAUUUAGAAGCCAUGUCUGCAGAACCUGACAAUUCCUUCUAUGCAGCUAACUAUGCUAAUUUCUUGUGGAGUACUGGUGGGGAAGACACUUGUUUUCCCCUCGACUCUCCCGAUACCGAGCUCGAUUCAUAAUAUUGGACAAUGAGAUGCUGGGAAAGAAAGGCAAAAAAAAAAAACAAUAACCGAGUUCGACUGCAACCGCUUACCUUUUUGUUAAUUAGCAAUGUUCAUACUUAAAAAACAAAAGAACACAAAUUUUUGACAAUUAGAGUUUUUCAAGGUUGGAGGGGAAAGAGUGAAUCAUCUUCCUGCUUAUUUCUUUUGAACUUUGUGGUUUCAAUAUCAGGUGCUUGUAGGCUAAAGGGGAGGGGUUGAAAGGUGAAUCAUUUGGAGGGUGGGGUUAGAUGAUAAGAAGGGCUUCGUUGUUGGUGGUUGGACAGAUUGAAGAUGAAGAGAUAUCAUAAUGUCCUUGUUUUGGCUACUUGCUCCUCGUCCUCACAUUUGAUAUUUGGGAGAUCUAUUUUCAGCAGAAACUUUGGGGUCACUCAGCAGUGUUUGUUGUGUCACUGCAAAUGUGCAGUCAUUCCUCUCUGAUCUCAUGCUUCUUUCUACAGUUCUUCUUUUUGGUUUUGGUAGAAUUUUAGUGUCAAUCAUGCCCUUAUGGUUUGUGACACAACCCACAUGGCCAAAUUGUAAUUAAACUUUUGUCUAUAUAUAAGUGCCAUUUUUUGACUUGAUAUUUCUCUGCUAUGAGCUCUGUUGAAAAUGAGGAGAAAGGGGUCCGCAUUCUUGGUACAUUCUUGAGUUUUUCUGCAUUAUUUAUCUGGCUUCAUUUGCUUGUUUUCUACUUUCAUAGUGAAGAAAAAUCAAACACCUUAUAUUACAACCUACCUAUAAAUAUAAGGUCCCCCCGCCAACUAGGAGGGGGUGUCCAUAUCUAUCUGUUCGAGUUUACAUUGUUACAGAAAAAUAUCUACACGAUUCAGAAGCAUCAAGGACUAUUAAAUCACA